AGUAUGUACUCUCACGGCUCGGAAAGCUUAAUCAAACAAGCAAGGGAGAUCCAGGAGUCGGAGCUACAGAAGUUUUAUAGCAGAUUAAUGAAAUUGCUCCAAGGGAAAGAUCUCGGCCAUGAGACUGUUGAUUGUUUGCAAAGGCUUCAUCUCAUCUUAUCUGCCACCAAGUAUACAAGAACGUUGCCACCAGACCUUCAGAAAAGGCUAAAGUCGCUCCUUUCUUCACCUGUGGAGCAGCUUCAGGUGUUGAGUUCAGCUGUGCUCAGGGAGACACUGCCCCUCGCUGGUGAGGAAGCGAACUACAUCCAGGACAACAACAGCCAACUGAACAGCCACACUGCUGCACUCUUGCUAGCUCAGGCUGGAUCCCGGGAUGUUGUGUCAUCUCUCUGCGCUCAGCUCCUACGCGGCCUGGAGAACCGACCAUCAGAAGCGCCGCCGAAUCACUCACUCACGCACACUCUUCCUAUUGUCAACACCGUGCUCUCACACAGCCCUGAAUGCCUCACUGAAGAUCACGUGACACUCCUGAGUAAAAAGCUUGUCGAUUGGCUGCGUUAUGCGAGCACCACGCAAGGGGGCGGUGCUUCCUCGGGGGGAUUUUUCACAGCAUCCAGGUCACGUCAGCCGCAGCCUAUCACAGAGAUGGACGGGACGGUGUCAGGAGAUUUCUUCACAGUGCUGUGCGUCGGUCAAGGUUUCACCGAAGACCAGUGGAUGAACGUUUACUCCUUUUCCAUGCUGCGCCAUUGGCUUCUCACGUUCCACUCUGUGUCCAGCGGCUCCAUAGCAGACACAGCAAACAGGUUACAACUAAGUCUCUCCCUUUCUCAUUCAUUUUCUAAUGAUGAUCGGUCGGAGAUAGACGGAUCCGUGGUUUCCAUGGUUUCCGCCACUUCCUCCUCCAGCCGCUUGCUUCCUCCCAAGGAGCGCCUGAGAGAGAAGGCCUUCCAGUACUGCCAGCGCCUCAUUGAACAAAGCGAUCGCAAGGCCCAGAAAAGGACAGAUAGCGAUUUACAAAAAGCUUGUCUAGUGGAAGCGGUGUGUAUCCUGGACUGCGUGUGUGUAGAGGAUGCCUCCAUGGUCUACAGGGCUUUCCCGUGCAUCAAGGCGCUCUUUGGUCGUCUCAGCUCUGACUUGUCAUUCGCCAGAGUCCUCCUGCCUGUGGCGCAGUUCUACCUCAAUCACGGGGAGAUGGCCGCCGUCGACUGUGAGGCCGUGUGGAAACUGGUGUUCGGUCGAUUUCCCGCCGAGCUCUUCAACGACCCUUUCCUGGCACAUGAGCUCCUGCGCUUUCUUCGGCUAAACCUCGAGAGUGUACAGCUCCGUGUUCCUCACUACACAUGUUAUUUCCCCAACCUGCUCAAGUUCUUAGCGUGGGACAGCCCUGCAGUGGUUGAUGAUUUUGUAGAUCUGCUGCCCUCUCUGGUGACAUGUGGAACUGCUUUGGAGCUGCUGCACACUUUGCUUGACCUGCCCUGUCUCUCUGCUACUCUGCUUUUGCAGCUCAGGUCAACAUGUCUGCCCAUUUCUGAAUCUGGAGGGCGUGGCCUCGCAUCAAUGGAUGCAUUCCGGAAUCCAUCAUUCCGAGGGCUGUUCCUCUUUCUCCUUCGUAGUGAAGCAGGCUCGGGCGACACAAUCGACCGGCUAAGCACGCUCCUCGAGUUGCUGUCCGAGGCAGCCGAUUGGCCGAGAGUCGUUCGGUGUGCCCAGACUGUCCCGAUUCUCCUGCAUAUUUUCUUCAAUACGGUCAUCAUGGUGGCUGAUAAAACCCUUUUAGGACAGGUAAUCCUGGUCCUGCUGGAGAGAAGCAGCCUUCUUCUCAACAUCCCUGAAUACAUCAAAGAAGUACACAGGGUCUUCAGCCACCAGCUGCUAAAGCUGUGCAAACUCCACCCUUCGCUGGUCCUGGACCAAUCCCACGAGCUGCUGGACUUGGCGGGAACCACAUCCAACGUUUACAGCAAAGAAGAGAUCUACACUCAUGUGGUGUGGGUGCUUGGGGAGUACCUGUCUGUGUCAUAUGACUCCCGCUGCUCCGUGAGGCUCAUCACUUCCUGUUUUGAGGCGCUGGAGGCCGUGCUGUUUGAGAUCACGUCGUCCGCCUCGCCCCCGGGAGGUGGCCGCCCCGCCCCUCGGGUCAUCACCACCCUCAUGAACGCCCUGGCUAAGCUGGCGUCACGAUCACAUGACCUAAUCCCCAGGGUGUCUCUCUUCCUCUCCAAGCUGAGAAACAUAUCCAGAAGCGGAGCCGUUCCCUGGUGCGCCGACGAAGAGGACCUAGUUUCCAUAGUGACUCUCGGGGAGGAGCUGUGCUCGUUGCUGAAAACGCCCGGCGUGGCUCAGAGCGUCCUGAACCCGCCCCCUCACGUCACCUCGCCCCGGUGGCACCGAGACACCAACGUGGCCAUGCCGCUGCAACUGCGAGCGCUCACCAGACUCACUCAGGCACACACGUCUCAAACGCAACACACACCUGCUUCUCCGUCAACGAAACAUCAAUUACGUGUUUUGUAAAUGAACCACAAAAUACACUCAUAAUUCAGUAUAAUAUAUAUUAUCUCUUCUUUAUUCAUGUGAUUUAGCAGGAAUAAAAAUGUACAAAAUAGAUCAUCUGGAAAAAAUACAGUCUAUUGCCAGUAAGAAAAUAAGUGGCGUGUUUUUAUAACAACAUCGAGAGAAUCUAUUUGACACUUGAUCCAUUGAUCAUUAAGAACUCCUCCAUCUUGUUCUUGAUUGGAUUGCACUUGAUCACCACACUUAAUGCAGUCUUUCUAAUAUUUGAACAAAUCUUCAAAAUAUAUAUAUAUACGUUUUGGCACGUGGUUAUUGGAAGGUAGACUAAAUAUAUUAAAUGUGUUUAAGGAUCUUUGUUAUCGUAUUUCUAUGCUACUCGACACCGCUAUGAUGUCUCAUUGAUGAGCAUUAUGUUAAAAUUAGCAUCAUAAUUCCUAAAAAGGCUGCACGGUGGUUGAGUGGUUAACCCACGGGCCUUGCAGCUUGGAAACCCGAGUUCAAUUCCACCCUCCGCCGAGUUUGCAUGCCCUCCAGGUACUCCGGUUUCCUCCCACAUUCCAAAAACUAGGUUAAUUAACAACUCCAAAUUGUCCAUAGGUAUGAAUGUGAGUGUGAAUGGUUGUUUGUCUAUAUGUGCCCUGUGAUUGGCUGGCCACCAGUCCAGUGUGUACCCUGCCUCUCGCCCCGAAGACAGCUGGGAUAGGCUCCAGCAUACCCAUGACACUCGUGAGGAUAAGUGGUACAAAAUGAAUGAAUGUGAAUUUGGGGGGGGGGGCGUACAAGAAUGAAUCUCGCACACAAUAAAACUAAAAUAAAGUAAAAUUAUUCCAACAACAUGCAUGCUAGGUUAAUUGGCGACUCCAAAUUGUCCAUAGGUAUGAAUGUGAGUGUGAAUGGUUGUUUGUCUAUAUGUGAUCUGUGAUUGGCUGGCGACCAGUCCAGGGUGUACCCCGCCUCUUGCCCGAAGACAGCUGGGAUAGGCUCCAGCACCCCCUGCGACCCUCGUGGGGAAAAGCGGUAAAAAAUGAAUGAAUGAAUGAACCUUCUAAUUGUUUUUUUAACAUUAUUAGAGCUCUCUAGACAUAAAGUAGCACCCCUAUAGUCACAUACACUCCUAUAAUUCAUUAUUUAUGACAUUACAUAACUCUUUUGCUGGAGACCCGAGUUCAAUUCCACCCUCGGCCAUCUCUGUGUGGAGUUUGCAUGUUCUCCCUGUGCAUGUGUGGUUUUUUUUUCCGGGUACUCCGGUUUCCUCCCACAUUCCAAAAACAUGCUAGGUUAAUUAGCGACUCCAAAUUGUCCAUAGGUAUGAAUGUGAGUGUGAAUGGUUGUUUGUCUAUAUGUGCCCUGUGAUUGGCUGGCCACCAGUCCAGUAUGUACCCCGCCUCUUGCCUGAAGACAGCCGGGAUAGGCUCCAGCACCACCUCCCCCUGACCCUUGUGAGGAUAAGCAGCAGAAAAUGAAUGAAUGAAUGAACUAAAAAGAGCAGAAAUGUACCUUUGGAAAAGUAAUUUGGCGCCACCUGUUGGUAGGUACAGUGAUAUGAGACAGUUGAGGUAAUUAAGUAGUAUGAUAAUCAUAGUAUCCUCCUGAAAUGAUUACAAAUUAGUGAUUCAUUUUACUGUGACUACUUUAGGUUUGAGGUUUAUCCUGAGGCCUAUAGGGAGCGCCCUGUGAUGAGUCACUGUAGGAUGCUAUGGAAUCUUCUCAGCAUCUUCUCAGGCCGCUCGUCAUCACCUGGAGGUCUCCAGAAGAGGCCUGGGCAAGUACAAGUACCUCCAGAUGGCGUAGUAGUGAAUGCCCGCUCCGGCUGCCACGAAAAGAUGCCAAAUGGCGUGGGCAAACGGGACCAGGCCGUCGCUCUUGAAGAAGACCACGCCCACCGCGUAGAAGACUCCUCCCAUGGCGAGUUCACACACACCGGCGUGGUCCACCUUCAAAAUGGACGCAUGACAGGUUCAAAUAUACACACUGUGAUACUUCCUUAAUUAUGAUAUAUAUUUGUUUAUAUAUAAUAUUUACAAAAGAUAUAUAUACACAUAGCGGCUGUUUGUCUAUAUGUGCCCUGUGAUUGGCUGGCCACCAGUCCAGGGUGUAUCCCGCCUCUCGCCCCGAAGACAGCUGGGAUAGGCUCCAGCACCCCCGUGUGUGGGUUAUUAUUAUUUCACAAUGGGCACUAUAUCUACUAUAUUGGAUAAUACAAGUAUAAAUUGUAAAAAGUGGUUAGCGUGCAGAUCUCACAAAGAGUUCGAUUCCACCCUCGACCAUCUGUGUUUUCUCUGGGUACUCCAGUUUCCUCCCACAUUCCAAAAACAUGCUAGGUUAAUUAGCGACUCCAAAUUGUCCAUAGGUAUGAAAGUGAGUGUGAAUGGUUGUUUGUCUAUAUGUGCCCUCUUGCCCGAAGACAGCUGGGAUAGGCUCCAGCACCCCCACGCGACCCUCGUGAGGAAAAUCGGUACGAAAUGAAUGAAUGAAUGAGUGCAAAGGUGACUAUAGG